AUCCCCCGUCCGCGCGCUCCUGCCGCCUCUUACCCGCGCCGAAGGGUCCUCCCCCUUUGAGGCGCCGCCCGCCCCGCGCCGCUGAGGGGAGGGGCAGCGCCAACAAAUUGGGGAGCUCGCCUGGUCGCGCUCAGGUCUCCGCCGCGAGCUGCCGCGCCCGGGACGGUGCGCCGCGCUCGAGUCCCGGCCCUGCGAGAGUGAGCCGCCCGCCGCCGCCCCCAAGAGCCCGGGCGCCGGCCCCCGCCGUCCGCCGCCGGUCCACUCCGCCCCGGGCGCGCCACCAUGGGGCCCCGGCUCGGCGUCUGGCUCCUGCUGCCCGCCGCCCUCCUGCUCCACGAGGAGAGCAGCCGGGCCGCCGCGAAGGGUGUGUGUGCUGGCUCUGGCUGUGGGAAAUGCGACUGCCAUGGCGUAAAGGGACAGAAGGGAGAAAGAGGUCUCCCAGGGUUACAAGGUGUCAUCGGGUUCCCGGGAAUGCAAGGACCUGAGGGGCCGCAGGGACCACCAGGACAGAAGGGUGACACCGGAGAGCCCGGACUGCCAGGGACUAAGGGGACAAGAGGACCCCCAGGAGCAUCUGGUUACCCUGGAAACCCAGGACUUCCUGGUAUUCCUGGCCAAGAUGGUCCUCCGGGUCCCCCAGGUAUCCCAGGAUGCAACGGGACGAAGGGUGAGAGAGGGCCUCUGGGGCCUCCGGGUUUGCCUGGAUUCGCUGGAAAUCCCGGGCCACCAGGGUUGCCGGGAAUGAAGGGGGAUCCAGGUGAAAUACUUGGCCAUAUACCAGGGACCUUGUUGAAAGGUGAAAGAGGAUUUCCUGGACCCCCAGGAGCACCUGGUUCGCCAGGACUGCCAGGGCUGCAAGGUCCUGUUGGUCCCCCGGGAUUCACUGGACCACCAGGUCCCCCAGGCCCUCCUGGCCCUCCAGGUGAAAAGGGGCAAAUGGGCUUGAGUUUUCAAGGGCCAAAAGGUGACAAGGGUGAUCAAGGGGUCAGUGGGCCCCCAGGAGUCCCAGGACAAGCUCAAGUUCGAGAGAAAGGAGAGUAUGCUGCAAAAGGAGAGAAGGGCCAAAAAGGUGAACCUGGAUUUCAGGGGAUGCCAGGGGUUGGAGAGAAAGGUGAACCCGGAAAACCAGGACCCCGAGGAAAACCGGGAAAAGAUGGUGAAAAAGGAGAAAAAGGGAGUCUGGGGUUUCCAGGGGAUUCGGGGUACCCAGGACUCCCAGGCCGAGAGGGUUUAAAGGGAGACAAAGGUGAAGCCGGCCCUCCUGGCCCACCUGGAAUUGUGAUCGGCACAGGACCCUUGGGAGAGAAAGGAGAGCGGGGGUACCCAGGGGUUCCAGGGUUGAAAGGGGAGCCAGGCCCCAAAGGUUUCCCAGGAAUACAAGGCCCGCCAGGCUCUCCAGGCUUCCCGAUACCAGGGCUGAGCGGUCCCCCCGGCUUCCCCGGUGAAAGAGGAGAGAAAGGCGACCAGGGCUUGCCAGGCGUGUCCUUGCCCGGACCAGGUGGAAGGGAUGGGCUACCGGGCCCCCCUGGGCCCCCCGGCCCCCCUGGGCAGCCAGGCCACACAAAUGGAAUUGUGGAAUGCCAGCCCGGGCCGCCAGGUGACCAGGGUCCUCCCGGAAGUGCGGGGCAGCCGGGAUUGACAGGCGAAGUUGGAGAAAAAGGUCAAAAAGGAGAUAGUUGUCUCAUCUGUGACUCAACAGGACUUCGUGGGCCCCCAGGGCCACAGGGACCCCCCGGAGAAAUAGGUUUCCCAGGACAGCCAGGGGCCAAGGGCGACAGAGGUUUACCCGGCAGGGAUGGUCUUGAAGGAUUGCCUGGACCGCAAGGUGUGCCAGGGCUGAUGGGCCAGCCAGGAGCCAAGGGCGAGCCUGGCGAGAUUUACUUCGAUAUUCGACUCAAGGGCGACAAAGGAGACCCAGGUUUCCCAGGCCAGCCCGGGAUGCCAGGGAGAGCAGGCUCUCCCGGAAGAGACGGCCAUCCGGGUCUGCCCGGCCCCAAAGGCUCCCCGGGUUCAGUAGGAUUAAAAGGAGAACGUGGCCCCCCGGGAGGAGUUGGAUUCCCCGGCAGCCGUGGUGACGUCGGCCCUCCUGGGCCUCCAGGGUUUGGCCCUAUUGGCCCCAUUGGUGACAAAGGACAGAUGGGCUUUCCGGGAAACCCCGGGUCCCCAGGCCUGCCAGGUCCCAAGGGUGAAGAAGGAAAGGUCAUGCCCUUACCCGGUCCCCCUGGAGCAACAGGACUUCCGGGGUCCCCCGGGUUCCAAGGGCCCCAAGGUGACCGAGGUUUUCCUGGAACCCCGGGAAGGCCGGGUCUCUCUGGAGAGAAGGGUUCAGUCGGCCAGCCUGGGAUUGGCUUUCCAGGGCCUCCCGGCCCCAAAGGUGUUGACGGUUUACCUGGAGACACUGGACCUCCUGGAAAUCCCGGUCGCCAAGGUUUCAAUGGCUUACCUGGCAACCCAGGUCCGCCUGGCCAAAAGGGCGAGCCUGGAGUUGGUCUGCCGGGACUCAAAGGUCUGCCAGGACUCCCUGGCAUCCCCGGCACCCCUGGAGAGAAGGGAAAUGUCGGGGGACCAGGCGUUCCUGGAGAGCACGGCGCCAUCGGCCCUGCAGGCCUUCAGGGAAUCAGAGGUGACCCGGGACCUCCUGGAUUGCAAGGCCCCAAAGGAGCUUCUGGAGUCCCCGGAAUAGGCCCUCCUGGAGCUAUGGGACCCCCUGGAGGACAGGGACCCCCAGGGUCAUCAGGCCCCCCUGGAGUGAAAGGAGAGAAGGGCUUCCCCGGAUUCCCAGGCCUGGACAUGCCGGGCCCCAAAGGAGACAAAGGGCCUCAGGGGCUCCCCGGCCUGACGGGACAGUCGGGACUGCCUGGUCUCCCUGGACAGCAGGGCACACCUGGACAGCCCGGGUUCCCAGGUCCCAAGGGAGAGAUGGGCGUCAUGGGGACCCCCGGGCAGCCCGGCUCGCCAGGACCAGCGGGUGUGCCAGGAUUGCCGGGUGAAAAAGGGGACCACGGCUUCCCGGGCAGCUCGGGACCCAGGGGAGACCCUGGCUUCAAGGGUGAUAAAGGAGAUGUGGGUCUUCCUGGCAAGCCGGGCUCCAUGGAUAAAGUGGACAUGGGCAGCAUGAAAGGCCAGAAGGGAGACCAAGGAGAAAAAGGACAAAUCGGCCCAACUGGUGAUAAAGGAUCCCGGGGAGAUCCUGGAACCCCAGGAGUGCCUGGAAAGGACGGUCAGGCAGGACACCCUGGGCAGCCAGGACCUAAAGGUGAUCCGGGCAUAAGUGGGACCCCAGGUGCUCCGGGACUUCCUGGACCCAAAGGAUCGGUUGGUGGAAUGGGCCUGCCAGGAAUACCUGGAGAAAAAGGUGUGCCUGGCCUCCCUGGCCUGCAGGGCAUCCCUGGCUCACCUGGAGAAAAGGGAGCAAAAGGAGAGAAAGGGCAGGCGGGUCUACCUGGCAUUGGGAUUCCAGGACGGCCCGGGGAGAAGGGAGACCAAGGGGUAGCAGGUUUUCCAGGAAGCCCUGGAGAGAAGGGAGAGAAAGGAAGCAGUGGGAUCCCAGGGAUGCCCGGGUCUCCGGGCCCCAAAGGCUCACCAGGGAGUGUUGGCUAUCCAGGAAGCCCUGGGUUGCCUGGAGAAAAAGGUGACAAAGGCCUUCCGGGAUUGGAUGGCAUCCCUGGCAUCAAAGGAGAAGCAGGUCUUCCUGGGAAGCCUGGUCUCACGGGCCCGGCCGGCCAGAAAGGGGAGCCCGGCAGUGAUGGAUUCCCAGGGUCGGCAGGAGAGAAGGGUGAACCAGGUCUACCCGGAAGAGGAUUCCCAGGGUUUCCAGGGGCCAAAGGAGAGAAAGGUUCAAAGGGUGACGUGGGUUUCCCAGGCUUAGCUGGGAGCCCAGGAAUUCCUGGAUCCAAAGGAGAACAAGGAUUCAUGGGUCCUCCGGGGCCACAGGGACAGCCGGGAUUGCCAGGCACUCCGGGCCACGCGGUGGAGGGGCGCAAAGGAGACCGGGGCCCACAGGGCCAACCUGGCCUGCCAGGGCUUCCGGGACCCAUGGGGCCUCCAGGGCUCCCUGGGCUUGAUGGGCUGAAAGGUGACAAGGGAAACCCAGGCUGGCCGGGCACUCCUGGGGCUCCAGGGCCCAAGGGAGACCCAGGAUUCCAGGGCAUGCCGGGGGUCGGUGGCUCUCCAGGAGCUACAGGUGCUAAGGGUGAUAUGGGACCUCCAGGAGUUCCAGGGUUUCAAGGGCAGAAAGGCCUCCCUGGCCUUCAGGGAGUUAAAGGUGACCAAGGAGACCAAGGUUUCCCUGGAACUAAAGGUCUUCCUGGUCCCCCGGGCCCCCCGGGUCCAUACGACAUCAUCAAAGGGGAGCCAGGGCUCCCUGGUCCUGAGGGCCCCGCAGGUCUGAAAGGGCUUCAGGGACCUCCAGGCCCCAAAGGACAACAAGGUGUGACAGGAUCUGUGGGCUUACCUGGGCCACCAGGUAUUCCCGGGUUUGAUGGGGCCCCUGGCCAGAAAGGAGAGGCAGGACCCUUUGGACCUCCUGGUCCAAGAGGCUUCCCGGGUCCACCCGGCCCUGAUGGGUUGCCGGGAUCCAUGGGUCCCCCGGGCACCCCGUCUGUUGAUCACGGCUUCCUCGUGACCAGGCACAGUCAGACAAUAGACGACCCCCAGUGUCCUCCUGGGACCAAAAUCCUCUACCAUGGGUACUCUCUGCUCUACGUACAAGGCAAUGAGCGGGCGCACGGCCAGGACUUGGGCACGGCGGGCAGCUGUCUGCGCAAGUUCAGCACGAUGCCCUUCCUCUUCUGUAACAUCAACAACGUCUGCAACUUCGCCUCCCGAAAUGAUUACUCGUACUGGCUGUCCACCCCGGAGCCUAUGCCCAUGUCCAUGGCGCCCAUCACCGGGGAGGGGAUCAGGCCCUUCAUCAGCAGGUGUGCUGUGUGUGAGGCUCCGGCCAUGGUCAUGGCUGUGCACAGCCAAACGAUCCAGAUCCCGCAGUGCCCCAGCGGCUGGUCCUCGCUCUGGAUUGGCUACUCCUUUGUGAUGCACACCAGCGCCGGAGCGGAAGGUUCUGGCCAAGCCCUGGCCUCCCCUGGGUCCUGUCUGGAAGAGUUCAGAAGCGCCCCCUUCAUCGAGUGCCACGGCCGCGGGACUUGCAAUUACUAUGCAAACGCUUACAGCUUUUGGCUUGCCACGAUAGAAAGAGGCCAGAUGUUCAAGAAGCCCACGCCGUCCACCUUGAAGGCUGGAGAGCUGCGCACGCAUGUCAGUCGCUGUCAAGUGUGCAUGCGGAGAACAUAACGAAGCCGGCCCUCAGCUACUUCACAACAUGGUGCUACUCCGCCCUCUUCCCUCCUUCUAACAGCAACGAACUCUAGAAAUAUAUCCUGUGUACCUCACUGUCCAGUAUGAAAACUGUAAGGUGCCUGAUAGGAAUCUGCAUGACUAACACACCCUGCUUCGUUGGCCUCUACUUGCUGAAGGAGAAUCCAAGACCACGAUAAGCUGCCCGUAGUGAAGUCCCAAAUGGCACUUCUGAUGAAAUAAAAAAUAUGUCUGUUCUACA